GUUAUGAUUACAUUUCUUGCUGUUGGACUCAUUCUUCUGGUCCCACCGACCGUUAUCUGUACACCUGUUGUACUAUGGCACGGCAUGGGAGACAGUUGCUGCAAUCCUCUUAGUAUGGGAUCUGUCAAGAAAAUGUUGGAGAAAGAACUUGAAACAUAUGUUCUUAGUCUCAUGGUUGGAAACUCAGUCGCUUCGGACACUACCAAUGGAUUUUUCAUGGAUACAAAUGAACAGAUCGAUUUUGUGUGCAACACUAUCAAAAAAGAUCCUAACUUACAGGAUGGUUACAAUGCAAUGGGUUUUUCUCAGGGAGGGCAGUUCUUGCGAGGUCUUGCUCAAAGAUGUCCCCAGCCCCCAAUGAAGCAGCUGAUCUCAAUUGGAGGACAGCACCAAGGAGUUUAUGGUUUCCCUCACUGCCCAGGGUCCUGGUUUGUCUGUAAGGAGGUAGAUAGACUGCUUAACUUGGGAGCUUACACCGACUACGUCCAAAGCCAUUUGGUGCAGGCCCAAUACUGGCACGACCCUCUUGAUGAGGACGAGUACAAAAAGAAAAGCAAGUUUAUCGCCGAAAUUAACCAAGAGGGCACAGUGAAGCUUGAGUACAAGCAAAAUUUGAUGAGGGUUUCUAACAUAACUUUUGUUAUGUUCAACAAAGACACAAUGGUUGUCCCAAAAGAGAGUGAAUGGUUUGGUUUCUACAAGCCUGGACAGGACAAGGAACUGAUGACUCUUCAGGAGGGCGACCUUUGGAAAGAAGACAAACUCGGACUCAAGGAGAUGGACUCUCAAGGUCGUCUUAGUUUCUUGAAGAUUGAAGCAGAUCAUCUUAGGGUUCCUGAAGCAUUUUGGAGUGAUGAAAUCAUUCCCCGUCUUAAAGUAUAGCCUGAAAUGUGAGGAAAAGUUUACAAAAACAUGAACUUUGAUACUGUUUGUUUUAUAUAUUUUUCGAUAUGAUUUCAAUUUUAGCAUUCUACGCUGAAAUACCUUAUGAUGGAUGCUACAAAUAAGAAAAGACUUAGCUCACAGAUUUUGUCAGCAAUUAGACUAUUAGAUUUUAAUUCUGUAGGUUUGGCUUGACUAAAUAACAAAACAGGUAAAUAAAAGCAAGGAGUCUUUGUCAAAAUUGGUAGCUGAAUCUUAAACUUGAAACUUUCUCCAAAUUUGUUGCAUCCUAUUUAGUGUUUACAUUUGUUUUUUAAUAAGAUGUCAGAUGAUUUUGUUGUUUUUGUUUUAAUUUUUGUAAUCAUAAUUUUAACUGUCAUGUACAAUUUUACCAUUUCAAUUGUUUAUGGUGUCUUUUAUUGUUAAUUGUUUAUCAAUUCUUCAAACAUCCAUUGUUGUUGCA